AUGAAAUCUGCUUUCAGUCAGCAAGAAUGUUCCGGACCUCAGAAGCGCAAAUGUAGUCUCAAGCGCGGGAGUCAUGAUGCGUUGAUGGAAAGGAGUGAUAAGAGCGAAGGGGCCCAAAUCGUGUCCGAUGUGUGGGCGUUACGCGAUAGAGCUGCUGUCGAAACCUGCUACCUUCUUUGCAUCUUAUCAGCUGUCCUGUCACAAGAAAAUGACCCCAAGGACGCUCCGGAGACCUUCAUCGUCGUGCACAUGGGACAGCAUCAACUCAUCGAAAACCACUGCAUUGUCGGAGCAUUGACCACGGGAGGGCACGCUUUUGAGCUUCAAGCUCUUGAUAUGGCCUUCGAUUCCGCAUAUACGAAGCUCAAGGAAUACCUUGACACAAAGGAUGCAUUUGAAUAUGGAGAAUAG